AUGAAGCUUCUUUCAGUCUUCACCACAUUUGUUCUCACUCUGGCCACUGGCACUUCAGCUAAGCCAACUCCCUCCUUUGGGGUGAGCAACAACUCUACCGAUGCAGCAGCUGGUUAUGUCUUUGCUUACUUCGUCGGAGAUAACAACGAUGGAGAAAGCAUAUUCUUGGCUGCCAGCAACGGCAACAAUGCUCUUUCUUGGAAGGAGUUGAACGACGGCAAGCCGAUCCUCAAGUCCACCAAGGGCACAAAAGGACUCCGCGAUCCCUUCUUGAUGCGAUCCCAUGACGGAGACAAGUUCUUCCUUAUUGCCACAGAUCUAAAGAUCAACGAUAUUGGCUGGGAAAAGGCCCUACGAGUCGGCAGUCUGUAUCUCGAAAUCUGGGAGAGUACCGAUCUGGUCAACUGGUCUGAGCAGCGACAUACUCUUGUCUCCCUCCCCACCGCUGGCAUGACCUGGGCGCCUGAGGCGUACUACGAUGAGUCCAUUGGCAAAUACGUCGUGUACUGGGCUUCUCGUAUAUAUUCCGAGGACGACCCAGACCAUGAGAUUGAGACGUACGCCAAGAUCCUGUAUUCUACAACCAGCGACUUCAAGACCUUCAGCGAACCUGUGGUCUGGCAAGGCUCCAACGACCGAAUUGACACGACUGUGAUCAAGGAUGGCGAUACAUACCACCGCUUCACAAAAGACUUUGGCGGAGUGUCAGGCAAGGAAUGCAUUGACAUCAUUCAAGAGAGCUCGCCUCACCUACGAGAUGGCCAAGAUGGAUGGACGCACGUUGCAAGCUGCAUCGGCACAAAGGCUGGGCUCGACGUAGUGGAGGGCCCCAGCAUUUUCAAGUCGAAUAUUGACGAUGUUCACGGUCAGAAGUUUUAUCUGUUUGUUGAUGAAUUUGCUGGACGUGGAUAUAUACCGCUUGAGACAGAUGACAUCGCAAACCCGGACUGGAAGGUUUCUGAGAACUAUAGCUUGCCAACCAGUCCCCGUCAUGGGAGCGUUGUGCCGGUGACCAAGAAGGAACUCGAGGGUGUACUGGCAGCGUAUUCUACAUGA